AUGGACACUACCUCAGAAGCAGUGGUCCAAGUUGUAGGUUUGUUGCAAGCGGGCCAUAAUCAAAGGCAAGUCGCUCGUAAACUUAACAUGAGCCAAUCAGCUGUUUCACGAGUAUACAGAAGGUUUCAAGAGACUGGUGGCUUUGUUCGAAGACCACAAACCAAUAGACACCGCAGCACAUCUGAGACGGACGACCGCUUCACUGUCUCAGCUUCGUUAAGAAAUCGUUAUCUCACGGACGUUGAUGUGCAACAGGAGCUCAGAAGGGUUCGAGGAGUGGUUGUCACCGUCAAGCCCGACUUUAAUUUGCUCGUGAACACCUCAAUUGGACUAUUGAGCAAAUGGAGCUCCAUCCUGUUCACUGACGAGAGCAGAAUGUGUCUCCAUGGCAAUGACAGAAGAGACCGAGUAUACAGGCGUCCAGGGGAACGGUUCUCGCAAUGCUGUUUCGCUGAAACAGUAUCAUAUGGCGGUGGUUCAGUCAUAGUGUGGGCUGGAAUAUCAUAUGAAGGGAAGACCGAGCUUGUUUUCGUGCCUAGUGGUGGUCGAAGUGAUGGUCUAACAGCUCAAAAGUACGUGGGAAACAUUCUCCUCGAUCAUGUUGUACCUUAUGCAGGAUAUAUAGGAGAAGAUUUUCUAUUAAUCCAUGAUAAUGCUCGGUGCCAUACAGCAAGUGUUACACGCCAGUUUCUUCAAUAG